AUGAGCUCCUCCGACUCUGCCGCACCAGCACCGGAAGUGCAACCCCGCUUCCAACAGCUUUUCACCGAGUUAGAAACCCGUUUUAAAGCAACUAGCCUUGGCAAUGACAAGUGGUAUAUCCUUGCUACCUCCACUCUAGCUGCUAGCCCGGAUCCCGAGCGCGCAGACCAGCUCUACUUGCACCUCAUCUCUCAACCCGAGUAUGCGACCUCGCCAGCUCGACAGGCUCUAGUGCGCCGUCUGCGCGAGGCACUUAUCAAAUCAGUCCCUAUCGUUGGUGUCUGCAAGCCCAUCGAGGCCAUUCUGUCUAUUGGCAAGAUUGAGCGCGAUGAGGACAAGGAUUACACCUUUACGCGCGAGAAUUGGCAGUGCGACGAGGCAAACCAUCAGCGCGGUUCGGAAUGGAUGCAGAAGCUAUACGCUCGCAACACCGGUGGCACUCUGAAUUUGUUUGCCGCGCACCAGGACUUUAAGUGGUUAUCAGAGGAGAUUACCUAUGGGUUGUAUCUUUCGGACCGGCAGAUUCUGGAUGAUGUGGAUACGCAGCUGGUUGUAUUGCCUGGAAUUAUGAGCCAGAACUUGCCGAAUGAGACACACUGGCACAUUCGGGGCACGAGACGAUUGGGUUUGCCUAAGGAGGAGGUUCAGGUCAUUUGGGAUUGUGUUCAGCUUGUGGCCAAGUUUUUUGAUGUGAAGUUGAACAAGGUGCCCACUGUCGAGUCAGUCGAACACGAUGUUUAG